AAUUGCCCUGGCCCAAAUUAUUCAUCGCGGCUCCAUUCACCAUUGUUACCAAUAUCAAGGUUGUCAAAAACAAAUAACGAAAAUACGAAGCUGAAUGAUCCAUUGUAAUCCGGAACUAUUAGUAGGCUUAGGUAUAUUAUAAAUAUACUAAGGAACUGAUAUUAUUAUAAUUAUUGAUAUAUUUAUAUAUUUUAUAUAUUUAUUAAAAUUGCAUCCCACCUUUAAUUUUUUUAACCGAACUAUUACUAUUACAAAUCUAUUUUCGUGUGUCCUAGUAAGUCUACGUUUCAGUUUGGAUAAACCAAUUUCUUAAAUUAGUUUUUCCAGAUUCCUCCUUGCCUACUGAUAUCUGUAAAUUUUUAGUAAUAACGAAAUAAUCAAUGCAAAACAUAACUUUGAUCCAUAAGCAUAUAGGCCUACUUAUCAUUCAAAUUUUUUAUGUCAAGUAUUAAGCCCCUUCUUAUGCAAUGUCAUGAAUUUUCAGUUAGUAAAAAAUCUAGAUAACAAGAACUUAGGCCUAUAAAUAUUGAUAUUUUUAAUGUAUAAGAAAAAGUUACUAUAAGAUAUAGUUGGAAGAUUAAAUGUCUUUAUAUAAUUGUAUCUUAAAUUGUGUAAUAACUUAAAUUAUCUAAUCUCUAUGAAUACUAAUUUCCACUUUAAGUCAACUGCUCAGUUAAAUUUAUAGAGCAUCUUAAUUAGAUGGAAACAAGUAUUGUGUCUCAUUGUAUUGUAAAUGGUGAAUGUUUUAACUGACUUUUCUUAUCAUUGUAUUUACAGUCUGAAUGCAACUCAAGGCUUGUGAUUAGGAUUUCUAUCUGAUGUCAAUGCACUGUUACAAGAUAUUUUAUGACAUACGACCUUGAUAAUGCUACUCGUCUAAUAUGCUUCAUAGUAUUAGCCAUAAAUCAGUGUGUGCAAUCUUCUGUGCACGCAAACAUUUCACAAAUCGGUUUCAAUUUUUUACAAUGUUUCAGUAUUGUACAACAAAUUUAUUUACGGAUAAAAUUCAAACUCAGCUCUAUGCAAAGUUUCGUCCAAGCUACACAGAUGACAUAUUCAAAAGAUUUAUUGACUUUUAUCAAGAAGAACAUUGUGAUUUCCAGCUUGCUGUAGAUGUAGGCUGUGGUUCGGGACAAAGUACUCUCCCCUUGGCCAAACAUUUUAAACAAGUCAGUUCUAUACUACUUUUUUUGCACUGAAUUAUUAUUAUUUACUUAGGAGCUAGAAUGAUCAAUACAUUGAUCAUGGGCCCUUAAUAUAUAGAAGAAGAAGAAGAACUUACUCUGAACCAGGAAAUUGGAUUUUUUAUUUCAACUUGAGAUAAGCCCUGUGUCUUGCCUGGGUGUAACUUACUUUUGUCAAUAUUUUCUUAGGUGAUAGGUGUUGAUGUCAGCGAACAGCAACUAGCUAAUGCUCCAAGGGAUGUUCAGAAUAUAACUUUUCACAUUUCACCUGCUGAAGAGCUAAGCUUCAUUCGGUCAUCUUCUGUAGAUCUAGUCACAAUAGCCCAAGCUCUGCAUUGGUUGGAUCUAAAAAAGUGAGGUAUUAUUUGGCUUCAUUAUUUUUUGUGUUUUUUGCGUGUGUGAGGGUAUUUUUGUAGUAAUUUUGAGACCUUUCAUUACAUAUUGUUAUGUAGACCAUGUGUUAACGUCAUGUAAUCAAGCAGACACCAAACAAUCUACCACCUUUAAGGUGUGGCUAGCUAAGAAUAGUCUCUUGGCUUUGUUUACUAUCAACUAAAUAAAAUCAAUAGUCUGUUUAUUCUUAGAACCUUGUAGAAUUAUGUGGAACAUGUGAGAGAUGAUUACAAUGCAUAAUCCUUCUAGAGAAAUCUAAGAAACAGGCCAUACCGGUAUAUAAAGCCAGGGAAUUGAAAGACAGCUGAGGCUAGCAUUUAUUUUUACUAUACGGGAUGACAGGCGAGAGUUAUUUUAGAGUGUGGUAUUCUUGAUAGAACUGCGUUCACUUAUAUGUGUGAAUUCACAUUUAUUAUUGUACCUUUAUUUUGGCACAUUGUAAUUUUCAUCAACUUUUGUACCGGUACAAGAAACACAAUACUCUGUAAGUUAAUGAUUUUAAUUAUAUUUCUUUAUUUUGUAAUUUAUUAGUAACUUAAUAAAAAAAAAAAAUUUUAGUUAGCACUCUUUUGAGUGUCGUAUUCUUUUGCUAUUGUAUUUCCCAUAUGGUAUCGUCUUUUAUUAUGCACUGUUUAGAACGAGCCAUAAACUUAAAAUAAGAGAUUAAUUUCUCAGUUCAUUUGUUAAAUAUCAAAUCAGUGUUCACAGUCCCUCCAAACCAUUUUGGUGACAGUUCAACACAGCAACAUUUAUACAUACUUUGAAGUUGGAAAGAUUUUUUUUUAAUUUUCCAACUUUUAACUUAUUCUUUGAAUAUUUUUGCCUUUGAUGCAGUUUUUACUUGUUUGCAAAGUCAUCUUUAAAUCCUCAGAUUUUAUGCAGAAGUUGACAGAAUUUUAAAGCCUGGUGGUUCUCUAAUUGCCUAUGGAUAUGGUAUUUGUAGUUUAAAACCAGAGGAAGCUGAACACAUCUUCUCUCAUGUGAGCAUCACUAAUAAACCCAAGGAAGUUUUAGGUGGAUCUAGUUGCAUUCAUCACCACUUUGAGUUCAGUAGUAGUUUUUUACAGAUUAGCUGUUAACCUAAUAUCAGUGGCUUAAGGAACUAAAACAUUUCAUUUAAUUGCAAUUAGCUCAGUAACUUCACUUGUGCUUGUGGCAAAAAAUAAAUAAGCACUAAAUUAAAGAUUCAAAGGGGGAAAUUUAUACAUGAAUUUGAAAGAGAUGAUUUUUACAAGGAUUGCAAAGGUGAGAUUUAUACAUGUAUCAAAAUGGGAGAUUUAUAUAUUUACUCUAAACAUGAAAUUUAUUCAGGAUUCUAAUUGUAUCUCUAUAAAAAAUAAAGUUGUUUUUUUCAAUAGACCUACAAGGCAUGCCGUUUGUUAUUCUAUCUAAAAUUUAAAAAUAAGAAAAUGUGGUUUUCAGAUCUACCAUGAAGUUUUACCAAGUUUCUGGGCAGAAGGUAGAAAAAUGGUUGAGGAAAAGUAUGCAUCUAUUGAUUUACCAUACCCUGGGUGGAUAAGGUGAAUAUCAUCCUAAAGUUAUUUAUUACAGUUAUAACACCUUGAAAACUUACUUCUUGAUCACAAAAGUUCAGUGGUCAAUUUAUUGGGGAAAGAAUUUCAGAGUUUGCCAGUGCUCAUUCUUAACAAAGUAUUUUGUCAAUGUAUUGACUACAUCUCUUUUUUUUUUUCUUUAUUGAAAUGUUGAUGGCUUUUGAAACAUCAUUCCUUUAUGCAGUUUUCUGAUUGAAACAUCACUGUAAGAACCUAGACAAUUCAGAAACCAGUAAAAAAACACAUUAGUAACUGGCUGGGUCUGAAUUAUGAUAAUUUAAGUUAAGUGUAUAAACUGUUCUCAGCCUAUAUUUCAAACUCUUUAUUUUAAUGUUAGCAGCUUGAUGUAAACUUGUGAAUAUUUCCAACUUUAGGGAUGACAGCCUAAAUAUUGUUAAGAAAUGCAGUGUGUCAGAUUUUAUUGGCUACAUGGGAUCAUGGUCUGCCAUCAACAAUUACAACAAGACAAACUCAGGAGACAUCUUGGACCAAGUCCAACACAAGUAAAAGUCUCAUAUCUUAUUACACUACCAUUCUGUCAUGUUUUGUUUUUUUAAUAAUUUUUUUAAAAUUCCUGAUUUACUCAAGCAGCAGAUGGUAUUGUAGUGAAUGGCUACAGGUAUUUCUGUGAAGACAGCCCCUUUUUGAACCCCACCACAAGUUGGAUGCUGUCCCCUGAGUAGCUGAGAAGUCGUUCAGUAGUUUUGAUAUUCAGGGUUUUCUUUCCUCCCAAAGAAAAGCUUUUUACUACCUUAAUGGGCUAGCAAGUCCAUUUCACCUGGCUAUUUUACACAUAGCAGUGGAGUCAAACCGAACCUGCUGUCUGUUGGCCAAGAAGCAGAUAACAUAACCAUUUGGUGUUUUCUCGUCCUUGUAUAAGUUUAUAAAAUAGAAUGUUUAAAUGUUUAAUAACCACCUUCAUCUUGACUUCUUAUAAGUUUUAUAUAAACAAUAAAGUUGGAUGGCUUCAAAUUUGUCUCGUUUUGUUUGGAUGUUAAAAGGGUCUUUUUUUUUAAUAAUCUUUCUGGGUGGUUUUUCAUGAUUUCUCUCUUACUUUUACGAUACAGGUUGAACUCCUGCUGUGCAAUGACAAACUCUGAUACCCCCAUCACUGUUACCUGGCCAGUUUUUAUGCUCAUGGGCCACAAGCCAAGACCCUAGUCCAGGCUGUUCAUGUGCUGGUUACACCUAAAUUAUAGUGAACUUAGCAAGAUAAGAUUAAUGCGCAUUUUUAAAAUCAUCUGAGGCUAAUUCAGACAUUAUUUAUCCAGAAUAGGAUGAUUUUUUUUAAAUGUACAAAUAUAAAGUAAAAUAUUUGUGCUAUUUAUAAUUUAUUUUCAUAUAUAACUCUACUAAAAUGGAGUUAUAAUUUCAAAAUCAGUUUAUCUGUAUAGAAUUAUUUUUGCCUAUACUACAUCUGGGGUACCAUAAUUUAUUAAUAUGCUGCGUUUGAUUUGCAUGUGUGUCUAAAAUUGUUCUUUGAAUACUGUGAUAUAUUACUGAAAAUCUAACUAUAAAGAAUUCAACUUAAACUCAAUGAUAGUUUUUUACUAUCUUUUGUUUCAAGUU